GGCGGGACGAGCCGGCCAGGCGCACGUGAGGCGGGAGUUGCAACACAGUAGCAACCAUGGUGCGGGGAGGUCGCGCGCUGCUCGCUGGCCUGUGGCUGCUGGCGAGUGUCUCUUGCCUGCGGGGGGCCGCUGCGGGCUAUCGCAGGAAGGUGACCCUGCAGUCCGUCCCCGGCUCGAACAGCUCCUCCGCCAACCUCCUGCACGUGCGGGCCGUGGGCCGGAACAACACCCUGCACUACGUGUGGAGCAGCAUUGGGGCGCCCACCGUGCUGCUGCUCUACACCCGGAGUGAGAGCAGCGCCCUGCGCGUCAACUGGACCAAGCUCCUCUCGGCCUCCCCCGCCGGGGCCAUCUGGAUCGAGCCGCCCGGCAGCGUCGUCUACUCCACCGCUGUCGUCUUCACCAAGGUGUUCGAGUACAAUGGGGCCAACGUGUCGGCCCUCUCCAAGGGGCAGGAGGAGCCGUUCUACGCCCCCUAUGACCUGGCUGGCUUCUCCUGGCAGAGUGUGAACCACACUGUGAACCAGACGGCCCUCACGGCCAAGUUCCAGGGGGUGGACACCUCAGACCCUGGGGGGGCCUUCCACAAUGGCACCAUCUCCUUCCAGGUGACUGCCUACGAGCAGGGUGGCCGGGAUGGCCCCCUCCCUCGCCUCCUGCACACCGCCAACAGCUCCAAGGUGGAGUUCAUCAUGGACAACGUGGCCCCGCGCGGCAACAGUUCUCGCUUCAUGCUGGAGGUGGUCACGGUGGAGGAGAAAGGCGGGCGCAAGAGGCUGCAGUCUGUGCGGUCCAUUGAUGACGAGUACACGCCCACCAUCUUUGAGAUGGCCCAGCUGGUGUCCGAGCCCCGCAACGACAGCAUCGGCCCGAGCUUCUUCCAGUGGAAGACGACUGCGUACGGCUCCAGGGAGGCCAGCCGGGAGAAUGCCAUCCGCUGCCGCUACCACCCCCUGCAGACAGCCAACCGGACGCUGCCAGGGCCCAGCAUCGCACAUGCCUACUUUGGGGAGGGCCUGGACCGCAGCCACCACAUCGCGGCCAUCAAUAUCUCCUUUGGCGGCGAGGACGGGGAGGUCUACGCUGAGAAGGGCUACCUGAGCUGGUCUGCCUUGCUCGGCUUCGGCACGCCCCCGAAAGACGCCUUCUCUCCCCUCGUGAUGGCCAUUGUGGUUGUGGCCCUGGGCACCCCCGUGGUGCUGCUGCUGGUGGGAGGCCUUGUGGUGCUGUUCGCACGGAGGAAGCGCCGUUCCCAGUACGAGCCCAUCAACUGACUGACGUGGGCAGGACUCGGAAACAGCUAGCGCCGGCCACGGUUCUCUCGCCGGACCCUCGGGCUCCCCCAAGGCUCCUGAAGUGACUGCUCAUGGGAACUUAUUUAUUAAUAGCCACGGUUACGCGUCCUCGUCUCUCUCUAUCUCCACGGCCCGGACCCCUCGUCACUCCAGGCUCCGAGGGGAAUAGUGCAAUGACCUGCAGUGCUACCUCCGCACCCUGGCUCUUCGGUGCUCGGCAUGGGGGGGAUGGGAAGGAGACCCGCCCUGUAUUCAUAACUGUUCGGCUGUCGGAUGCCUUGAGGAUGGACUGAUCCAUUUCUCCCUUACUGCUUCUAAAAGACUUUUAGGGGGUAUCUGGCACUGAGGUUCUCCAUGGGGGCCCUAGAAUACAUUCCAGGGCAGGGCUGGGAUCCGGCAGGACUUGCCCAAGAAAUGCCUCACUUCGGGGGUCAGAAACAUUAGCAGUUUCUAGGCCAGUGUCUAGCGUCUCCCUUCACUCCACCCAUCAGCGUGCCUGACCCGGCGUUCACAAACACAGAACCUUCCCAUAGGGCACUGUGCAAGGUGCUACCCAGCUUCUGGUUUUAAUCGCUGCUCUUGUUUUAAACCAGCCGGCGAGGGAUUGUGGCUCAAGGGAGGGGGUUGGUUGUGUUCACCACUGGGAGCAAUGAUCUUCUGUCUCUUUAAAAAGGAGAAACCACUAGUCGUCUUCUCCCUCAGAGGCUGGGUCACAGAAAGCAACGUGCCUUUGCUGUAUAAAUCACCGGCUUGUGAGCAGAUCAACCUAGUUACACCCCGCCCACGCCACCCGCUUGAGUGUUUUGUAAAGUCACCAGUUCCUUGGAUGGUGUCACGCGGUUCCACCACUCGGCUGCAUGCUCACCAGUGAGGCGAUCUGCCGCCCGUGAAUUCUGACUGUACCUGGGACGGUUAAAAAGUUGCCUUUUGCCAAUAGGGCAGAGGCUUUUCAGAAUGAACCAAUGACUUUGGGGUGCGUCAAUGUUAGGUGUCCACCAUGAGUCCCCUUAAAAGGGGCCAGAUCUUUAUUUCUUUUGUCAGAGGGUCGGUGCUCGGCCCUGUCUGCAAAACGGGGCCUCUUUUAAGCUACCUCAGGUUGGGUGCCCAAAAAAUCACCAGUCCCUUUUGGAAAACCUUGGCCUGAAAGGUCUAAAUUCUGAGUGUCAAGGACUCUUCUUCCCCCCCACCCCCCCGCUUGCAAGUUCCAGAUCCCAUUGCUGUUACGCCCCUAUUCUCACUCUGCUGAGUUUGCUCGGAGAAGCCAGCUCUGAACAUGUUACUUGAAAUCUCCCCAAGCACCCUCACUUGGCUGUAUGUAAUUCACUCUGUGUUUGAAAGGUGAUCACAGGUUUUCUUCACAUGCUUCUAUCUUUUUUUGAUCUGCCUUUUAGACCAAUUAAAGAAUAUUUUUAA